AUAUCCAAAAACCUCUUGCGCAAUUUUAUGCCGCUUUUGUUUGUUUCUUGUUUUCUAUUCUGAUAAUGCAAGAAAUUAGUUAAAUUACUCAUUUAAAUUUCUUCAACUAGUUAGAAAACUUGUAAUUUUAUUUUUUAAAUAUGUUUUGAUAGUUGUGUCAUAAAAUAAUUAGGAAUUAUAAAUUCCUGUACUAAUUGCUUCAAUUAAUUUAUUUCCUGGUCUAAUUCACCAUGGAGUGUGAGAAUGUCAGUAAUUCUAUCACAGAAUCUCCAACAAAAGGAAAUGUAGCAUUACAAGAUGGAAGUGAUCCUGAUUUUGUUUGGGAAGAUUAUCUUGAAGAUACAAAUGCAGUCGCUGCUCCACCAACAGCAUUUACUCAUGUGGAAUACAGUUUAGAAAGUGGAUUUAAAGUAGGAAUGAAAUUGGAAAUACCUAGUUCAGAUGAUGGUUCUUCAUAUUGGGUGGCUUCUGUAAUCAUGACCUGUGGUGAAUUAUUAUCACUGCGAUUUGCUGGGUAUGGGGAAGAUCGGUCAGCUGACUUUUGGUUUAAUAUUAAAUCAGGAGAGGUUCAUCCUGUUGGUUGGUGCUCUGCCAAUAAAAAAAAGUUAUGGCCUCCUAAAGGUGUUAUAGAAAAAUAUCCAGAUGUUGCUUGGUUACUCAAUAAAGAGCUUAAUAAUAUAGAUUCUACUGCACCCUCACUUUCUGAGGAUGUCGCUGCUAGUUUUAUGCCUAUUGAUCAGAUAAAGAAUGGAAUGAAACUAGAAGUUUUAGAAGCUUUCAACCCACAGCAUGUUUGGAUAGCAACAAUUAUACAGAAUGUUGGUGGUCGUUUACUGUUGAGAUAUGAUGGAAACGAAGAAACUUUGUUAGAAGAUUUUUGGUUAUUUUAUUUGUCUGAUAGACUUCAACCCAUAGGAUUUGGCAGAGAAAAUAAUUUGAAGUAUAUACCCCCAAAAGAAAAUUUUUGCGAUGAUUGUGAGGCAAUACUUAACAAAUCUAUAGAAGCAGCAAAAUACUCUCCAUUUCCAGCUCAUAUAUUUGAACCUAAACUUCCAAUUGAACCUCAUGAAUUUAAAGAAGGCAUGAAAUUAGAAGCUGUAGAUCCUAAAACUUACUCUGAUGUAUGCCCUGCAACAGUGUCCAAAGUUAUUAAUGAUUUUUACUUUAUUGUUACCAUCGAUGAUCAUCAAGAGUCUGACAAAUGCGAAUUCUCUUUGUGCUGUCACAAUAAUUCCCCUUUUAUAUUUCCAAUUAAUUGGGCUGAAGAAAAUGGUUUAGAACUAAGAACUCCUAAAGGUUAUGAAUUUCAAGGCAAAUUUGAGUGGGACAAUUAUCUUGAGUUUUGUAAAGCAAUUCCUGCACCAGCAGAAUUUUUUUUAAUGAGUGUAAUGAAUAUGGGUUUUGAUGUUGAUAUGAAGUGUGAAGCCGCUGACCCCUUCGUACCAAGUAAUAUAACAGCAGCUACAGUUAUGAAAAUAGUAGAACCUUUGAUGUGGUUGCAUUUUGAUAAUGAAGCAGAUGAGAACAAAUUUAUAAUCAUGAGUAUGAACUCUUUUGAACUUUACCCAGUUGGUUGGUGUGCCAGUAAUUCCUAUCCUCUGCAAACACCCAUUAACUAUAAACCUAAACCUAAACUAAGUAUUUCCUCACCUGAAGUCAUGGAUUCACAAGAAGAAAAGUUAUGCCUUUUUUUAGAACAACAACACGGUAAAUCAUGGUGCUCAAAAAUAUAUUUUAAUCACCGGUGCUUUUCUGGUCCUCUGCUAAGCAAAAGCCGCCUUGCUGAGUUACCACAAGCUAUUGGACCUGGACCUGUUCGUUUAGUCUUACAUGAAGUCAUAACUCGAGUGGUUAAUAUUGCUUAUAAAUCUAGUCAAGUCUUGCAACUCUUACAAGCAUCUGGAAAAUGUAGACCUUAUAUGCAGCAGCAAAUGAUAAAAGCUAAGUAUAAAGGCAAAUCAUAUCGGGCAGUAAUAGAAACAGUACGUAAUGCUGAGCAAGUUGAAGAUUUUUGUAAGGAGAUUUGCGCUAAACUGGAAUGCUGUCCUCAUUUGUUUGGCCCCCAACAUAUUGAAGAUACCUGUCCCAGUAAUUGUCACACACAAACAAAAACAAAAUUUGGUUAUAACUUUGUUAAGAAGAAAAAAGUGGGUCGACCUCCUCUUUCCAGCAAUAAUACCCCUUCUAAUCCCGAUGAAGAAGUGGUAAAAAGAGGACCCGGUAGACGAAAGAAGCGAAAACACUGGACUCACCUGCUAAAAGCUUUUACUAAAGCUCAUGAGGAAAAGAAACGAAAAGCUGGAGAUUCGAGCGAAACAGACGACCCACCGAAACUAAUUGUAGAACAUAGAGAAAGGCGGGAUAAAGAAGACUCUGUGAUAAAUAUUGAUGAAUCUGAUUUUUUAACAAUAAAGGAAAAAUGUGAUAAAGGAGAAUCUCGUAAAUCUUCGGGGGACAGUACCUCGUCAUCCUCCUCAAAAAUUCCUUUAGUUGGAAAGAAAAAACUAAAACAUACACCUAGUUCAAACAUUGUAACUCGAGGGGCUAAACUACCGAAUUUUGGAUUGUGGCAUCAUUUGUCUGUUUUUCAUUCUAGAAGAGGUAGACCUAGAACGAGACCCAUACGUCCAUUUCCUAUUCCUGGACGAAAGGUUGGUAGACCUCUUGGCAGCACAAAGAAGGCUAUCGCUGCAGCUCACUUAAAGGCUAAACGGUUAUUAGAAUCUGAAGAAAACAGUUCCAGAGAUACUGUGGAGGAAAAGGAUACCAAACCUCCUGAACAAGUUUCCAAAUUGGAAAGCAGUCCUUUAGACUGGUCUGUAGAAGAAGUAGUGAAAUAUUUACAAAAAACUGAGUGUGCUCCCUUGGCGCCAUUAAUUAAAGAUCAGGAAAUCGAUGGACAAGCAUUAUUAAUGUUAAAUCAAGUGAAUGUUCAAGAACAUCUUCAUUUGAAGCCGGAACCGGCAAAAAAGUUUUGUUAUUUGGUCAAGCACUUGAAAUUGGAAUUUUUCACUCAUUUUGCACCUUAGAUCAUCAGUACACAAAUAUUACAUUCUUACUGUGAUCAAAAGUAUAUAUUUAUAUUUUGAAACAUAUUUUCCAAUUUUAAGUUACUAAUGUGAGUUUCCAAUUUCUGUGGCAUUAUAUUAUUUGUUUGUAAAAUAUAUAUAUUUAUUUGGAAGUUGCCAAAAUUUGAUUUUCUGUUUUUGUAAAAACCGUUGUUGUG